GACGUUUCAGUGAACAAAGAAAUUGCAUUAGUUCAUAUCAGUGUUUUCUUUACUUGGUGGCUUCAGACUUGGUGCUUACAAUUUGGUUCUGGCUAAUAUCUAUACCGCCCGUGUCAUAAGUGCAAUACUUUGAUUACAGUUUAUUGAUUACAUGAAUAAUAUAUUCAAUAAUUUUAUUAUUUACUUUUAAAGAUUUUAAAUGCCUUACCAGUCAUCAAUGUCAAACAUAUUUAUUUUAAUCGUUUAAAAAUUUAACCCAAUGAUCUUGUUUCAUUUUUUAUAUUUUAGUAUUUAUUCAUACAUAAUGUCAUACAUCAAUAAAAAGCUAAAUAGUAAAAUCAUGUUGGAUGAUGAAUCUGUGUCUGAUAGUGAUUACUUAACAUCUGUCUUAAGUAUAGUAAACGGUUACUGUAAAAUUAAUUUAGUUGUACCACAGACUAGUUUAUUUUAUGCCAACGAUAGUUUAUUGCCAAUCAAUGCCAAAGUAAACAAUACUACACUUAAUAAUACAAGCCAUAAUAGCCCAGUGAUUAAUGCACCCGAUAAAUUGGGAAAUAUGUUAAAAAAUAUUGACCUAAACAGUGAUGAAAAUAUAGAUGACAAGAAAUUUAAUUCACCCAAUAAACCACGUGCUGAUGAGUUUCAAAUAUAUUCAAAACCAUCUUAUUCAAACGAUAGCAAUAUUUUAGAGAAGGAAAAUAAAAAUGAAUCACCUAAAGGUAAAAAAAAGAAAAAUAAAUUUUAUAAGGGUUCCAUGUCAAACAACCAGACUAUAGUAUCUUCUAUGUAUACAGAUCAGAAUUGCUCAAAGGAAUAUCUUAAUCAGUUUGAAAGUGAAGCAUAUGAUGUUGAACGUUUGAAAAAAGAACAAGAACUAAGAAAAAAACAAUUGAAAAAUAUCAAAAAUAGUAUAAGAAACAAUGGUUAUCAAACAAGAACUCGAGCAUCGUCCUCGCAACAAAAUCCUGAAAACGAAAUUACAAAUGAAAAUGUACCACUCCAUUCUCAAUGUCCUCUAUGCUUUGUAUCAUUUCCUACGCCUGAUAUUGAGGCACAUGCGUCAGAAUGCAGUAUUUAAAUAUCAUUGCACUAUUGUAUUUAAGGGAUUAUUAUUAAAUUAAAGUUAUCUUUAUUUGCCUA